CUUUUUAAGUUAGUGUACUGUUACUUUGGCAGUACAAAGAGAGAGAAGACUUGUUAUGGUGCUUUAAUUUUUGGACAUGGCGGCGUUUGCAGAGCUGUAAUUCUACCUUUUCUUUUAAUGUUCCCAACACAAGCCACAAGAUACUCAAACAUAACGAAAGCAAAUGAAAGGUCCCUCCCUCACUUCCUCAUUCGACUAAUCUCUAUCCCCAAAAUUCUUCAUCACUUUAAUUUGUCUCUCCAACAAAUUUAAAAGAGCUAGCUGCACCUUUUUUAAUAAUCAUCUUCACAAGUUUCAGCUACAAAAUACUAUUUCACACGCUUAUAUGUAGUGCAGACAACAGAAGUGUACUACUUUUUUCACUUCAAAAUUUUGUGAAGACAAUUGAACUUUCUUUUUGAGAGCAUAAAUGAAGAAAACCCCAGAGAAAUCUAAGGGGUACAAAAAUCAUUCUUGGGUCAUAAUUGGUGCAUUUGUGCUAGGAUUGUGAGGCACAUGAAUUGAGCUACAGAAAAGGAUUAAAGGUGGCAAAAUGGCUAAUUUCGUUUCUCUAGGUGGAGGAAGUAGCAGCCACGAGCAACAACAAGAAAUUAGGAGCAGUCACCGUACUAAUAAUAACCCCACCGAGAUCAGUCCAGAGAGUUGGUUCUUGUACAGAACUGAUCAUCAUAAUCAAGAAAUACCCACCACUUAUAAAGGCUUUGAGCUAUGGCAAAGUGGUACUACCUCUCACCAGUACCAACCGGAACAACAACCACAACAACACCAGUUUCGUCACCCAAUUUAUCCUUUGCAAGAUCUUUAUUCCACUGCUGUUGGAUUAGGAGUUGGGCCGAGCCGAAGUGGCUUCGAGAUAUGUGCAGGUGAUCAUGAGGCAUCAAGAUCGGGUUUCAUGAUGAUGAGGAGUGGUGGAGGAGGAAUAAGCUGCCAAGAUUGUGGGAACCAAGCUAAGAAAGAUUGUCAACACAUGAGGUGUAGGACUUGUUGUAAGAGCAGAGGGUUUCAGUGUCAAACUCAUGUGAAAUCCACUUGGGUUCCUGCUGCUAAAAGGAGAGAAAGGCAACAACAACUUACUGCUUUGCAACAACAAGGACAUCAUAAUAAUAAUGAUAAUAAUAAUAAGCCUACUAAAAGGCAAAGAGAGGAUCCAAGUGCUUCUUCUCUUGUUUGUACUCGUUUGCCUUCAACCACUACUGGGUUAGAAGUGGGAAAAUUUCCUGCAAAAGUAAGUACAAGUGCCGUAUUCCAGUGCAUCCAAAUGAGCUCAAUUGACGACGCUGAGGAUCAGUUAGCAUAUCAGGCUGCUGUGAGGAUUGGUGGACACGUAUUCAAGGGAAUUUUAUAUGAUCAAGGUCAUGAAAGUCAGUAUAAUAAUAAUAUGGCUGCAGCUGGCGAUACUUCUUCUGGUGGUAGUGCUGGAGUUCAGCACCACCAUAACUCCGCUGCAGCGGCUACCGCCACUACAAGUGGCGGUGGUGGUGCUGCAGUGGGGCCGGCCGAAGCGUCGAAUUUUCUCGACCCUUCUUUGUUUCCAGCUCCCCUUAGCACUUUCAUGGUAGCUGGUACGCAAUUUUUUCCACCUUCAAGAUCUCCCUAAUCAUCAAUAGUUUAAUGACCGAAUAUUGACAUUGAGUUCUUUUUUAUGUAAUGUGAUACAGCUAUGUAUGUUAAUUGUAGUAGUAAUGGUAGUAUAUAAUAGAACAGAUGAACAAUAGUGACAACCGUUGAUUGAGUAGGAGCACGAGAUGAUAGGAAAAAGGGAGAAAAAUGAGGGUGUGAUAUAUGGUUCUUAGUUAAAAUACCGAUGCAUAGCUGAAUUGUUUACAUUUAUUUACUUUGAAAUUCUAUAUAAAGUUGUUCUUUUUCUUCCUUUGGGACUGCAUUAUUGACAUCUUGUUUCUCUACUUUGUUAUUUUACCCUAAGCCUUUCCAUCCACUCCACCCUAAUCGGUGGCGGAUGCAGCCCAUAUAAGACGAGAUAGUCACAUACUUCAAUAUGGCAUCUGAGUCUGUUGAUGCUUUGGGUUUGACUGGCACCGCUACUCACUAUAAAGGUAAUAUGAAAUUUCACGUGUUCGGCCAAGAAAAUCAAUUAGGUCCGCGCCUGAGGGGACAGUUAGAGACAAUAUAAUUAAGUAAUUAAAAGUGAGCUCUCUCUAACAUCUUAAGCUUUUGGAUAAAAUAAUCACACACU